AUGACUACCUUAGUUCCCACUGCUAUCUACACCUCGCCCACUGAACCCAUUGAGGUGAAACUUAUACCUGGCGUUGGCCCCCAUUCUACUGACGGAAAGACAACGCAAAUUUCAGAGAUUGUUCUCAAGGCUGGCGGAGAAGAUAGAGAUAAACCCAGUGCGGCCAAAGACACCCCUCUUGGGAACCUUAGAGCACAACUCACGACGCUUCAGGACAAACUCAAUGAGUUCUUGACUCAGAAAAUGCUGAACAAAAGGAAAUUGGAGGAUGACGAUAUCGAGAGACGGAUCUUGGAUGACGGUGUUGAUGAAGAUAGUGAUUGA